UUGGAAGGCUUUCUUUUUAUCUCUUUAGCCGGGGCUGGCCAGGAGCUGCAGCAGUUCUAAGCCUCAGUGUUGAGAUGUCAGGGCCACUACUUUGGGUGCAUCCCUUGAAUAAAGUACAUGAACUGAGACUGGGACAUUGUCGCCUCUGUUGCAGGGACCACGUUUUUAACGUUAUGAUUUAUAUUUGUGCUGCUUCUCCUGAGUCUCCAAAAAGACAGUGGAUGCUGAAUAACUGAGGGCUGGUUCCAUGAGAGUCCAGGGACGCUGGCUUCUCCAUCACCUCUCUGGGCCACUGCCCACUCCACUUCUCCAAGAAACUUGCCAAGGGUUUGGGGGAACAUUCAACCUGUCGGUGAGUUUGGGCAGCUCAGACAAACCAUCGACCGUUGAGUGGACCCCGAGGCCUGGAACUGCCGUCUACCCCAUCACCAUCCUGACCCUUCUAGAUCUGGGAGAUGCCCCAGGCAGCCUGGCAUCCCCUCUCAGGCCACAGUAAAGGUCACAAUCAACAUUCAUUGUUGUCGGUGGGUUGUGAGGAGGAGGCCAGACCCACCGGGGGAUGAAUGUCACUGUGGCUGGGCCAUACAACAGUCCCAGGGAUGAAGAGGAGGACAGGACCCCUUAGGUAUCCCCAAAUUCUUUAGCCUGUCACUUGCUCCCCUUGAGGAGAUGGACUGGUAUCUGGGAUCUUGAUGGACAGAUUGAAAUUGGGAAAUAAAGUGGGGACUUAGUGGGCAGAAACCAUUCCUGAAGGGUGGAUGUUUGCUCAGUGAGACUUCCGGAAUGGGUGGAUUGGUAGAGGGGCAUGUGACAGAUGGGUAGGCGGGUGGAUCAAACACAUUUCACUUUCGGGGCUCAGGCUGAGGCCUCCUCUCAUUGCAAGCAGUGUUGGGGGUCAGAGGGCUGGCAUGCGCUGGGGUAUGGCCUGCCCUGGGGUAUGGCCUGCCCUCCUGUGCUUGAGGGCUCUUUCCCUUUCUUGAGCAACCUUGAGCUAACUCAAGGAGGAAGUCUCCACUUUGUAACAGGACAGACAGCUGAGGUGCUUGUUAACAUAUCAGAGCUGACUCCAGCUGCCAGGUUUUCCCAGUGUCCCUCUAUAGUCCCUGCCUGUUACAGGUCCUCCUGGCUGGCAUACCCUGUCACCUACCCUGAACUUCUCUAGUUAAGGGACUCUGCUGGGCCACCCUUCCCCCAGCUUUUCUGGUUCCUACAUACCCAGCCAUUUUGGUUACAUGCUCUUUUUUUUACCCCCUCCGCCACCAUUCCAGGUUCCCCUCCCCCUCUCCUCACAUGACCUGGCUCAAUCUGCUGGUCAUGUCCACUCUGGACUCUCCUGUUUUGUCCCUUUUAUCUACAGUCAACCUUCUCCACCUCGCAGGGGCAGUCAUGUCCUCCUUCUGUUUCUUUUUGUCGUUCACACUUCAUGACUAAGUUCCCAGCCACUGAAGUGGGCAUAAAAGUUUCUUAGUGAAGGUGAAGCCAGAGCCCUGGAACCCAGUCCUUGCCCCACCCCCUCCAUGCACAGGCCCCUUCCUAAAUUCUAGGAUUGCUAACUCCAAGGCCACCUGGUCCCUUCUCCACCCCUGGGGAAGGAAGAGGAAAAAAAUUAGUAAACCACUGUCAGUGUGUUUCGCCCUGGGGCAGAGUUCUUAGCCAGCCCCCAGCUCUUCACCUAGCUGGCCACCUCCCACAGAGAGGGGAAGCCUUGGGGGUUCAGUGGCUCCUGGUUUACCUCCAGCCCACACAAACACCAUAUACCCCCUGGGCAGGUAUGUAAGAAGCCCCCAGUGACAAUGAGGGACCCCCCAGAGCCUGCCCGCUCCACCCACUCACAUCCCCUCAAGGUAGAAAAGCAGCCAGAGAGGCCUGAGCUUCAGGGACUGAAGAAGCAGGAGCCAGGCAGUGAUUUCCCUCAAUCUGCUCCUCUGCCCAGCCAUGGGGACUUUCAAUCUGUGGACAGAUUAUCUGGGCCUAGCAAGCCUGGUUGGCGCUCUGCAUGAGGAAGAAGAGCCUGAUGUCAGGCUGGAGCCCAAGCCAGAGCCCAAGCCAAGCCCAGAAGGCCAGAAGGCCAGCAAGGAAUCCUCAGCAGCUCCUGAACGCCUGUGCUCCUUCUGCAAGCACAAUGGCGAGUCCCGUGCCAUCUACCAAUCCCACGUCCUGAAGGAUGAGGCCGGCCGGGUGCUGUGUCCCAUCUUGAGGGAUUAUGUGUGUCCCCAGUGUGGGGCCACUCAGGAGCAUGCCCACACUCGACGCUUCUGCCCACUCACCGGCCAGGGCUACACUUCUGUCUACUGCUACACCACCCGGAAUUCUGCAGGCAAAAAGCUGACUCGGCCUGACAAGGCAAAAUCACAGGAUGCUGGCCACCGCCCUGGAGGAGAAACAGCAGCAGGUUCCAAAAGUGGCAGGAAGCCCUCUGGACCUUCACCCUCGGCCUGAAGUCCCUCCACUACGGCCUAGGAGCUUGGAGUGGGGAGGGCGAUGGGGUACCCUAGCCAAGGCGUGCUGGAGACUGGACCUUGCUUAGCACUGAGGCUGGCCAGUCUUGUUGGAGAUCGCCAGCCUCCCUCCCCGCCCCCCAGUUCUGCUUGCGCUGUUGCAACAGCACCCAAUAAAUGGUGAA